AUGAGCUGUCUGUUGCGCUGAGGGAGGGGGCGCGACACCCCGACGCCGCCCAGUGCGAAUCCGCCGCUCUCUAUAUGUGGCUGAAGAGGCGCAAGUGUUGAGGAAUCAGAUGUUACGGCACCUCUGCUGGGAAAGGGCGGUGACUGGGCUCCAGAGGCGUGGCUGUCAGUAACCCCCUGCGCUCCUGGCACACUGCGCCCUUUUUAUCCUCCCCAGUAAAGUGUGCUGGCUGAUCGUCAGGGCCGGGAGGAGCGAGUCGUAUUUGCAGUGGUGUGAACACACCGGGCCGACCUCGAUUUCGGGACUUCGGAGGGAGGGGGGGUUUGAAACACGUGGCAGCGAGUCUCCGGGCUGGAUGCGGAUCGGCGGCAGAGCCCCGUGUGAACACCCGCACCCCGCGCCGCUCCACUGCGUUGUGGGACGGGUAAUCAGCCUCACCUUUUUAUAGAUCUCCGACUUCAGCCGCUAUUAAGGUCCAAGGGGGACGCUGACAACGAGCCUGAAUAUAAUUUCUGCGCUGAACAAAGGAAGACAGGCGAGGGGAACUAACUGCUGCUUCGGAUUAAAUUAAAGGGCAAAAAAGAUGAAGACAAAAGUGAUUCUAGUGCUUUGCACGGUGGUGCUCCUGACAUGCGGGUUUCCCCUUGAAGCCGCUGUCUCCCAACCCCCCCUGCUUUCAGCUUCCCUUCCGGUGACAGGGACCACAGUGCCACAACCUACUGUGAGGCCGAAUCAGAACCUCAGCCUUUCAAACAGCAGCACUGCCGGUGAAGACCUCCCACCCUCCGACAGUGCUGUCAGAAAUAACAGCACCCUCAGUGGUGAGAUUCCAGCGUCUGGUGGUCCUGUCAGUAAAGACAGUGACUCCGGUGAUGCUGGCCUUGCCUCAGGCAGUCCCAUCAGUAAUAACAGCGCCCCCAGUGCUGGUGGCCCCCCUGCCUCCGACUGUCCCAUCAGAAAUAACAGCACCCCUAGUGGUGGUGGGGUUCCAGUGUCCUGUGGUCCUUUCAGUAAUGACAGUGACUCCAGCGGUGCUGGCCUCCCUGCCCCAAAUGGUGCCAUGACUAAUAACAGCGCCCCCUGUGGUGAUUGCCCUUCUGCCUCCAACGGUAUGAAUGACAGCGCCAGCAGCAAUACCAGUAAGUCCCCUACAAGUGCCCCGAGCAGCACCCUGGAGUACAGUGUGACUCACACUGCGACCUCCGCCUCUAACUCCUCAGUGCCCUUCACCUCUACACUGACAAACACCACCCUCACGAUUGGUGGGGUCUACCCUGCUGUGGGCACGCUCCCUGUCUCCACACACCUGAACAGUGCCGCCCCCACUAGUGCGACAAGCCCCCUCCCCGCCUCGGAUCCUCAGCCCACCCCGAGGUCCAGCGAGUCCUCCCCCGGCCUCUCCACCCAAACCCAGCUCCCUCGGGACGGGCACUCGCGGCUCACCGUGAAAGACAAGGAAGAGGAUACGCAUGGCUUGCAGCCACCCUUGGACCCGCUGCUGGCCGGCCUGGUGUCUGUGUUCAUCUUGACGGCGGUCAUCAUCACGCUGCUCCUGUUCCUGAAAUUUCGACGGAGGAAUAACCAGCCGGAAUUCCGCCGGCUGCAAGACCUGCCCAUGGACGACAUGAUGGAGGAUGCGCCCCUCUCCAUGUAUAGCUACUGAGAACAGCCCCACCUUCUCAGCAAGCCCAUUCCUCCUCACUGUUCCUCGCCAGUUCCCUGCUAAAGCACUACUACAUGUUCGCUACCUGUUCUCCCAGUCAUGGUACCGGAGGCUGUCGUCGCGCCCUGGGGAAGUUUGUAGACUCAUUAAGAGCUUUAUUUCAAUUUGAUUGUAAUUCUUGGAUUUCUACAUGCUGGGCCUGUGGGCUGCCCCUCCCAUCCUGCCUAAGAUGAGGUUGACAGGAAGCCACUGAUGGACAUGAACAGAGGAUUUCGGGUAAAUCAUAACUGGUUCUGUUUUUUUUUUUCUGCCUCUGGAGAAUAUUCUGCACUACUAGUCCCUUCCCUGAUAUGAAUGGAAGAUGGCACCAUCAGAUAUCCACCAGAUAUCAUACUCUUAUGGUACCAGGCUCUUCCCGUAGGCCUCUGAGUCUUGCACAGUGCUGGAGUGCUGCUUUCCUGCUGCUUUCGUGCUGUCAAAGCUGGUGACUUUGAUCAACGGCAGUGAUGUUGUUUCGGUUAUGACUCUCGCCUCUCCCUGGGCUGAUUCCCAGCUGGUUACUGAUUGUGGGACCUCAGACACGGCAUGUUUUCCAGGCCGGCUGUUCAGAUAUGUAUUCAAGUGUCGAUUGGUGCCGUCGACUGUUUGCGUGGUUUAGUGCAGAUGGGUGAGUCUCAUCACACCGUUUUGGUGCCUUAGCACUUGGCUUGCUGGAUAGAUAAGAGGUUGUGUUUUGAGUCAGAUGUUUAAUUUGCAUAAGUGUGAUGGAGACACUGGUUUCUUUAAUUGUUCUUCAACCAAACGGUGUGUUUGUAUGAACAUGGCUUCCGCCAAGGUUGCUUUCUGCUGUUGGUGUUUGGUGGCUUCUUAAUGUUGUCCUUGGGGAGAGUCGUUUCUGAGAACGUUUCCCCAGCUGUAUCUAGCGUUUCUUCAUGUGAUGUUAGUAUAGCGUCUUUAGUUUUAAAAAUAGGAUUUUUAUAGAAACCUCUUCCAGCUUGAGUGCGCAUUAACAAUCUAACAAUGUGUUCCUUGAUCAAAUCUUGACUUCCUUAGGCCCGGAUGGGACGGUGAUGUGAUCGUCACAUCUCCCAUCCCAGGCAGGAAUGCCUAAACAGAUCCUCAUUUGUUGACUUUUAACCCAUCAGUCACUUGGAAGUAAUUUAUUUCUCUUAGCUGAUGCAGCUACCCAGACCUCUCUAAAAACUAAAACGUGUCUGUUCCCCGAGGGAAGCCAACUUAAAAUCUUAGCAUCUUCCCGAUGCCUCGUUGUUUGCCUAUAGUUCUUCCCGCCAAACACAAGCCUGAGUUCAGAGGAGAGUAAUGCAAGAAACGGACCAUAAUUACCAGUUAAAUGUAAAAGCAAGCCUCUGUUUCCUAAUGUGAUCCAUCUUUCUGGGUUGGAAUCAGCUUGAAGGCUUUUGGCUUCUCAGUAUCCAGGUCAACAUGGUGAGCCUGUCGUCCUUCAAAACCGUGUGUUGCGUGGUUUUGGUAAGAAGUGAAAUGACGGUUUGCUCAGCAUUGAGUGAUGACCUCCUUCGAAGGCCACUAGACAAAAGCCAUAUGCCCUGUUCAGGUAUGGAGAGAAGUUCCAGAAAUCCUGCUGCUUGAUCUGUAUGUGUUUCUGCAGCAAUAAAGAUUCAUUUCACAGAUAGAAGCUAGGGAUCAUAGACAACCAAAAUGUAAAUAGGUCAUACACCAAAACUGGUUCCGUUCUGCUACGGUUCCUGCAAUGUGCCUAAAGUUUGAGUGUGUUCUGAGUGUAUUUUGUUUUUUAAUAAAACAUUUUAAAGCCAA